GCCAAGAAGAAGGCCACCGACGCCGGUGCCAAGAUCACUCAGGAGUACAGCCUGAUCAAGGGCUUCGCCGUUGAAUACCCCGAGGGCACUGUUGUCGCGCUCGACCAGGAGCCUAGCGUUCAGUCUGUCGAGAAGGACCAUGUUGUCACCACGCAGUAA